ACGAAGCCAUUGACAUUUGCUGACUGUGUUGGUGAUGAGCUUCCUUUAGGAUGGGAAACUGUUUACGAUCAACAGAUUGGAGUUUAUUAUAUGGACCACAUAAAUCAGCUCACACAAAUUGAGGACCCAAGGGAGCAAUGGAGAAGGGAGCAGGAACGCAUGCUAAAGGAAUAUUUAGUAGUUGCCCAGGAGGCACUCAAUGCCAAGAAAGAGAUUUACCAAAUAAAGCAGCAGCGUUUUGAACUGGCCCAAGAAGAAUAUCAACAGCUGCACAAAAUGUGUGAGGACGACAGCCGUUCUUAUGCCAGCUCAUUCUCUGGAUUUUCAACUAAUACCAAGUAUGACCCAUAUCAAAUUAAAGCAGAAAUAGCCAGCCGACGUGACAGACUUUCUAGGCUAAAACGAGAAUUGGCACAGAUGAAGCAGGAGCUGCAAUAUAAGGAAAAAGGAGUGGAAACUCUGCAAGAGAUUGACCGUAAGAUGUCAAGUGCUCAUACAAAUUACAGACUGGAUGAAGCACAAGCUAUAAUGAGUGAGCUUCGAAGCAUAAAGAAAGCUAUAUGCACAGGUGAAAAAGAAAGGCAGGACCUUAUGCAGAGCCUGGCCAAGUUAACAGAUGGAUUCAGGAAUAGCUGUUGUAUUACAGAUUCCCUGCAGGAUCUCCAGCACAAUUCUAGUUCGCUCAGCGACUCCUGUUUACCUCAACAACACUGUGAUGCUUGUUCUCAGACUGACAUCACUGGAGAGUUUGGGUUUGAUGACAAAACAAGACUUGUAGAUAAAGUAAGACUGAACUGGCAGUAUGAAGAGGCCAAGAAAAGAGUUUCGAAUAUACAACAGCAGCUGGCCUUGCUAGACAAUGAGUCUUGGCCAGGAAUGGCUGAAGCAGACAGAGACCGUCUUCAGCUCAUCAAAGAGAAGGAGGCUCUUCUUCAGGAGCUGCAGCUCAUCAGUCAGCAGAGACGAUCCCCAGAAGACAUUGCACGUUUGGAGGAAGAAAAAAGACGCUUGGAGGAUGAAAUUCAGCGGGCUCGAGCAACGUCUGCUCAUGGGGCCACUGAAAGGAUACUGUUACAGGAAAAGAGAAAUUGUUUGCUUAUGCAACUAGAAGAAGCUACGCGUUUAACCUCAUAUUUACACUCCCAGUUAAAAAGUCUGUCAGCUAGCACGCUCACGAUGUCCUCUGGCAGCAGCAGGGGAUCCCUGGCCUCCAGUCGAGGAUCCUUGGCCUCCAGCAGAGGCUCCCUCAGCUCGGUCAGCUUUACGGACAUCUAUGGCCUUCCGCAGUACGACAAAUCAGACAGCGCUACAGACUAUGGGCAGCACUUACGCUUCGACAUCAUUCCCUUCGAGUCUCUGACCAAGGAUGUGCCGUACGCUGAACCCAUUGGACACUCCAAUUUCAAUAAGCAGCGGAGGUCUCUGGAUACCCCACAGUCCCUGGCAUCCCUGUCAUCACGAUCCUCCUUGUCAUCGUUGUCCCCUCCAAGCUCGCCUCUGGACACCCCGUUUCUCUCUGCAUCUCGAGAUUCUCCCUUGGCUCAGAUGUCCGAAGGUUUUGAGGAGAUGGCAAACAUAGGAGCCCUGGAGAUGCUCAGAGCUCAGACCACAGUGUUGGGUGACGAUGAUACACAAGGAACAAGCUCAUCUCAAACGUCCACUUAUCCUGUGGACAGUGAAGGGCUACGAGAAAUGGGACCACAGCUGACUGCUGUCCAAACUGGUGGAGCUGUAACUCUGCGAGGAGACAGUGGUAGAAGAUCGGAGAGGAGAGCCAGGCGAGUUUCAGCAUGUCUCUCAGAUCAUUCACUGGCUAGUGACAGUGGCGUGUUUGAAGCUUUAAGCAAAAGGAAUGAAGAUCUGGAAGAGCCUGUUUAUGGCGAUGCUGCCAGUAAUGAAGAACCGCAAAUACAUGUUGGAUUUCUGCAUGAUGGUGGAAGCGAAUGUCUGUUAGUCCACGUAUUACAGCUGAAGAACUUCACUAGUCUAGUUGUUAAAGAAAACUGCAAAAUUCAUGUGAGAGUUUAUUUGCCACCACUUGAGUCAGGCACACCAACCACUUACUGCUCUAGAGCUUUGGAAUUCCAAACUCCAUUAAUAUUUAAUGAAGUUUUCCGAAUCCCAGUGCAUUCAAGUGUUUUGAAAUUAAAAUCACUGCAGCUGUAUAUCUGUUCAGUUGACCAUCAGCAACAAGAAGAACUAUUGGGCAUUGCUCAGAUAAACCUGACUGAUGCAGAGAGUUCUGGUGAGAUGCAGCUUCACUGGUAUACUGUUCAGAUCUUCACUGGUUCAGACCCCCAGAGAGCAAAGAACAAAAAACAGUGUGAAGAAAAUAUUCCUCGGUCUUCUGGAAAUGUAACUACAGUUAAAACAGAUGCAGUGACAGCCCUGUUAGCUAGGACCACCGCCCAGCUGGAAGCAGUUGAGAGAGAGUUGGCAGAAGAGAGAGUGAAACUGGAGUACACAGAGGAGGAAAUCCUGGAGAUGGAAAGAAAGGAAGAUCAGGCAGAAGCUGUAUCAGAAAGGAGUUGGCAAGCAGAAUCUGUUGACAGUGGAUGCAGUAAUUGCACCCAGACUAGUCCUCCUUAUCCAGAGCCAUUUUGCGGGGAUUCGUUAGCUGGGCACAUGUUUUCAACUCAAGCGGGCCAGUACAGUUCUGGAAAAAUGCAGCCUCCACCACUAAAGGUGGAUAAGGAAACUAACACUGAGGAUCUGUUUCCUGAAGAAGUUGCUAUUCUUCCAAAAGAGAGAACCAGCCGCAGGCCACGGGGUUCUGCUUUUGUUCGCAGCAGCACUAUUGUUCGUUCCCAGACCUUCUCGCCUGGAGCACGGAGUCAAUAUGUUUGCAGACUGUAUCGCAGUGACAGUGACAGUUCAACUCUGCCAAGGAAGUCCCCUUUCGUCCGGAAUACAUUGGAGAGGCGUACUCUGCGGUAUAAGCAGUCCUGCAGAUCAUCUUUGGCUGAGAUUAUGGCAAGGACAUCCUUAGACCUGGAGCUGGAUCUCCAGGCAUCCAGAACUAGACAGAGACAGCUGAACGAGGAGAUAUGUGUUUUAAGAGAGUUGAGACAGCGUCUGGAAGAUGCCCAGCUCAGAGGGCAGACAGAUCUACCCCACUGGGUCCUUCGGGACGAGCGAUUCCGAAACUUGCUGAAGGAAGCGGAAAGGCAGACGAGACAGACCAAAUUUGAACAUCACCAAGAGCAAGCAGCAGAAAAGAUGCUAAAGAAAGCAUCAAAAGAAAUAUACCAGUUGCGUGGGCAAAAUCAGAAGGAACCUAUUCAGGUGCAGACUUUUAGAGAGAAGAUAGCUUUUUUUACAAGACCAAGGAUUAACAUACCUCCUCUGCCAGCUGAUGAUGUAUGACAUGUUGCAUUGUAAACAUGAAGUAUUUAUCGCUUUUAUUUUAAUGAAGUUAUUAGAUUAGCCAAGUUUCUUU